AUGGAGAAAAGUACGAUAGCUGGAGGAUUGUUUCUGUUCGGCUAUGUGACUAUCGCCGUGUAUUUCUUCUGUUGGCUUUUCCUAUUGCCGUUCUUUCCUUGGUUCACAUUCUUAUUUCCUCCCGUGCAAAUCGGCCUGAUCAUUUCUUAUUCAUUAUUUCUUGGAUUGCUCAUAAUAGUAGUAUUUUUCAUCGCUGUUCUAUACGUUCACAACAAGUUCAAUUUUAAAUCAUAG